GACAGUGUAGGACGCUGCCGCCCGCAGCCCCAGGUCAGCGCGCGCCCCUCCUCCGGGCCUGAGUCACGGCGUCGCCCGAGUCCGAGUCCCCACGCGAAGAUGCUGCGGUGAGCGCGGUGGGGACGCCGCCGGCUCUGGGGCGCAGCGUGGGGCUCUCGGCCGCCGGGCGGCGCCGCUCGGGACUGCUGGGGACAGUCGGCGGCCUGCGCGCCCCGGGCCUCCAUGGCGUUCACCCGGAAGAGGCAGCGCGAGCAGCAGCUGCAGCUCUACUCCAAGGAGAGGUUUUCCUUACUGCUGCUCAACUUGGAGGAGUAUUACUUUGAGCAACACACAGCGUUUCACAUCCAGAGCCAAAGCAGUCAUGAGGAAAGGAAAAUCAGAGGCUCCUUAAAAAUAUGUUCAAAAUCAGUGAUUUUUGAACCAGAUGCAAUAUCCCAGCCCAUCAUUAAGAUUCCUUUGAGAGACUGUUUAAAAAUAGGAAAACAUGGAGAAAAUGGAGCCCAUAGACACUCUGCAAAGGCAAAAUCUUCAGGUAUUUCCCUCAUUUUCAGACAGGUCUAUUUCAUUAAAGAACACAAUAUUGUGGCACCAUAUAAGAUAGAACGGGGAAAAAUGGAGUAUGUCUUUGAACUGGAGGUUUCUGGGAAGGUGGAAGAUGUUGUGGAGACAUUGCUACAGUUGCACAGGGCAUCUUGUCUUGAUAAACUUGGUGACCAAACGGCCAUGAUAACAGCUAUCUUGCAGUCACGAUUGGCUAGGACAUCAUUUGACAAAAACAGGUUCCAAAGUGUUUCUGAAAAGCUGCAUAUGGAGUGCAAAGCUGAGAUGGUGACGCCUCUGGUGACGAACCCAGGACAUGUGUGCAUUACAGACACCAACCUGUAUUUCCAGCCUCUCAAUGGACACCCGAAACCUGUGGUCCAGAUAACACUCCAAGAUGUUCGGCGCAUUUACAAAAGAAGGCACGGCCUCAUGCCCUUGGGCUUGGAAGUGUUUUGCACAGAAGAUGACCUGUGUUCCGACAUAUACCUAAAGUUCUAUGAGCCUCAGGACAGAGAUGACCUCUAUUUCUAUAUUGCCACGUACCUAGAACACCAUGUCGCAGAACACACUGCAGAGAGCUACAUGCUACAGUGGCAGCGAGGGCACCUCUCCAACUACCAGUACCUGCUCCACCUCAACAACCUGGCCGACCGCAGCUGCAAUGACCUCUCCCAGUACCCCGUGUUUCCAUGGAUAAUAAAUGACUACUCCAGCCCCGAGUUAGAUUUGUCAAAUCCCGGAACCUUCCGAGAUCUUAGUAAGCCGGUGGGAGCCCUAAACCAGGAACGGCUGGAGAGACUACUGACUCGGUACCAGGAAAUGCCCGAGCCGAAGUUCAUGUACGGGAGUCACUACUCUUCCCCAGGCUAUGUGCUCUUUUACCUCGUUAGGAUCGCACCAGAGUAUAUGCUAUGUCUACAGAAUGGAAGAUUUGAUAAUGCAGAUAGAAUGUUCAACAGUAUUGCAGAAACCUGGAAAAACUGUUUGGAUGGUGCAACGGAUUUCAAGGAGUUGAUUCCAGAAUUUUAUGACGAAGACGUCAGCUUUCUAGUCAAUAGUCUGAAGUUGGAUCUGGGAAAGAGACAAGGAGGACAGAUGGUUGACGACGUGGAGCUUCCAGCAUGGGCCUCAAGUCCCCAAGACUUUCUCCAGAAGAACAAAGAUGCAUUGGAAAGCAGCUAUGUGUCCGAGCACCUUCACGAGUGGAUUGAUCUGAUAUUUGGCUAUAAGCAGAAAGGGAGUGAGGCUGUAGGGGCCCAUAACGUAUUUCAUCCCCUGACCUAUGAAGGUGGCGUAGACUUAAACAGCAUUGAGGAUCCUGAUGAGAAAGUAGCCAUGCUGACCCAAAUUUUGGAAUUUGGGCAGACACCAAAACAGUUGUUUGUGACACCACAUCCUCGAAGAAUCACCCCAAAAUUUAAAAGUGUGUCCCAAGCCUCCAGCUACAGCGCUUCUGUGACAGAUUCCCCGGUUUCUCCAGGGGAGGAGUCAUUUGAAGACCUGACCGAGGAAAGCAGAAGUCUGGCUUGGAAUAAUAUCACCAAGUUGCAGCUACACGAGCAGUACAAAAUCCACAAAGAGGCGGUUACAGGGAUAGCAGUGUCUUGCAAUGGCUCUUCAGUCUUUACCACGUCACAAGAUUCCACUUUGAAGAUGUUUUCUAAGGAAUCCAAAAUGCUACAAAGAAGCAUAUCAUUUUCAAAUAUGGCUUUAUCAUCUUGUUUACUUUUGCCAGGAGACACCACUGUCAUAAGUUCUUCAUGGGAUAAUAAUGUCUAUUUUUAUUCCAUAGCAUUUGGAAGACGCCAAGACACACUGAUGGGACAUGAUGAUGCUGUCAGUAAGAUCUGUUGGCAUAACAACAGGCUGUAUUCUGCAUCUUGGGACUCUACUGUAAAGGUGUGGUCCGGUGUUCCUGCAGAAAUGCCAGGUACCAAAAGACACCAGUUUGAGUUGGUGGCUGAGCUGGAACAUGAUGUCAGUGUCAAUACCAUCAAUUUAAAUGCUGUAAGCACACUGUUAGUUUCUGGCACCAAAGAAGGCAUGGUAAAUAUUUGGGACCUCACUACAGCAACAUUAUUACACCAGAUUUCAUGCCAUUCAGGGACAGUAUGUGAUGCUGCUUUUAGCCCAGAUAGUCGCCAUGUCCUCAGCACGGGAGUAGACGGCUGUCUGAAGGUGAUCGAUGUGCAGACAGGCACGCUCAUCUCCUCCAUGGCCUCCGAGGAGCCACAGAGGUGCUUCGUCUGGGAUGGAAAUUCUGUCUUAUCUGGAAGUCGGUCUGGUGAGCUGUUUGUUUGGGACCUCCUUGGAGCGAAAAUCAGUGAGCGGAUACAGGGCCACACAGAGUUGAAGACCGAACCCAGGGCCUUAGCAAGCGCUCUACACUCUACCACUGAGCUAAAUCCCCAACCCCAAAGCAUGUUAUUUCCAACGAUGCCAUUUUAACCCAAGACAACCCCAAUUCCAAUGUAGUACUAUUGCCUAAAGGUCUUUAAAUGAGCUCAGAGCUACAGAACUGAUAACAGUUGUCUAAGACUGUCCAGGAAGAUUAAACAUCUACACCAGGGUUGACGUGCUAGAGAAGGUGUAAGUCAUUUACCUUAAGACUGGCAGUUUAAUUAAAAUAAAACAAAACAGCAAGGCUAAGGAGUUAGAAGAAAAGGUGGAAAAGGAACCUACCAAUAGUUAAAAAUGAAAAAAGACUACAGAACAGUCAAGUCUUCACAAUAUUUUCCCUUCCAAGGGUACUUAGCUGCAUUCUACCCAAAAGCCAAAAAUACAAAGAUUUCAUUACAAAGGUUAGGCUUAUGUAUCUUGGAAAUCUCACUUUCUAAUGCUCUAUCAGGAUUCUGAAUGAAGGGUUUCCAAGAAACAGUACCAAGUAUAAAGAUAGUCAGAAUCACCCCUUGCUGGCCAUUGUCAGCUCUCAUGAACUUUAUACUGCUUGGUUCUGGGGGACAGAGAGCAAGCACCAUGCCCCUCUACCUCCUGAGACACACUGCAAAUAGCAACAGUAACCCUAUCAUAACCACCAUGACUAGAUUUCUAAUAAGCAGAACUGCAGACUUCACUUCAUGUGACAGCAAGCCUAAGUAGAGCUGUGCACUUACCGUUUAAUAAUAUGUUCAAAGAUGAAAGCAGGCAUGAUUGUAAUGGUAACUACAGUCCCAGCUGUUGACAGUAUGUCUGCAAUCUGAGAAUCCUAGUGAAACAUAAUAGAAUUUAAUUUCACUGAGGCCUUAUUUAGUAAACAUAAAACUGUAAUUGUUAGGUAAAAAUCACACUAUAUUUGCUGUUGUCAUGCUAAUAUCUCUGCAGUCCCAAUCCCUGGUACGUAUGAAUUUUAAUUUUAAUCUUACAGACAUGUUUUAAGCUGGUAGCAAAGUUGAAGGCAUUGAACACAAUCAUUCCCUUCUUACCUGAAUAUGGAGAGCUUGCCCCAAUCACAGUCAAGUGUAUUCUAGAAUUUAUGAAUUAAAGCCUUACUUAAAACCUUUAGCUCUUAAGAUAGUCUCAAUUCAAGGAUUUAUAUGCCGAGCAUGGUUUCACAUGCCUUUGACCCAGCACUGCAGGAGCAGGCACAUCUGAGUUAGAGAAUGGCAUGGCCUACAUAGUGAGUUCCAGGACAUCCAGGGCGAUGUAGAGACCCUGUCUACAAACAAAAAUUCCCACAAAAACUUUAUAGAUCAAAAUAUAAAUACAAAGUAUUAAUAUACACCAAGACCUAUUCCUUUCCUGUAUUUCUGAACUGAAAAAUGUUGAACAUUCACCCAUUCACAAUGUCUAAAAUUGUACCCUUCCAUUUCUCCUCAGAAUUCUAACUAGAGAGAGAUCAUAGAACCAUAGUUUAGUGACCCUGUUAUGGAAAAAAAAUAAUUCCAGGUAACAUCCCAGAGUUAGUUCUGUGAUGGCCCAAGACCAUAGCUCCUACAUUUAUCUCCCACGUUUCAGUGUUUGAGGCUCAUCAGGAAAGUCACACCACCUAAAUGUUAUCUAAAAUAAAAUGGCUCCAAAACCA